AUGGGUCUCCAGCCAGGCCCGGUGGAUCUCCAGCCAGGCCCGAUGGAUCUCCAGCCAGGCCCGGUGGGUCUCCAGCCAGGCCCGGUGGGUCUCCAACCAGAUUCCAUGAAUUCCCAGCCAGACUCGGUGAAACCUCAACCAGGCUCCACGAUUUACCAGCCAGAGCUGGUGGGUCUCCACCCAGGCUCCAUGAUCUACCAGCCAGACCCCAGACCUGCUCAUGAUCAACAAACGGAGAGUUACCGUAAGGAGGGUUACCGAACUGAGGACGAUUGCACCGGUGACUCUCGCAAGGAGGAUUAUCGCACGGAUGGCUCUCGUACGGAGGACACUCGUACGGACGUACCAAGUGACCGGAUCACUCACAGAUUCCCUGAUCGCACGUAUGGGUUCCUGCAGCGCGCCGAUGGGUUCCUGCAGCGCGCGCAGCUGUUGCUGCAGAGCCUCGCGAGCCGCAGCCGGUGGUGGUGGGUGCAGCGGCGACGAGUCGCCGCGUUUGUGAUCCAGAGGAAGGUCGCCUGGGCUGCUGCGGCCACGCGGCCGUGGACUCAGACGGGGAAGAGCCGACACCGCCGCCGAUUGGGAAGCGGAAUGGGAGGCGGAGGGGGAGGGGGAGGGGGAGGGGGAGGGGGAGGGGGAGCGGGAGGGGGAGCGGGAGGAGGGGGAAAGGGCGCGAGUGUAAACAGGGUACUGGCCGCACUGGCGGUGGUUCUCUUUGUGGUGAAUUUCAUCCUGCUCUCCUCGCGCAUGGACGGGGCUGCGCGGAGCAAGCAGGCGCGCGGGGUUCAUGGCACGGGGGCGCGGAGCGAGCGCCAGGCGGAGAACGAGGAGGCGGAGGAGGGAGGGUUUGCGGAUGUGACCGCGAAUGCUCACGUCCGCCCUGGGGCCGGAUCAGGCGGGCAUGGGCGCGAGGAGUGGUACAGGCGAGGGCUGCACACCCUCCCAGGCUCCCCCCCUCGCCCCAAAUGGAAUGCCUCUGACGAUUCCUUCCUCAACUCCCUCCUGAGCAGGUGGCACGUGCAGCCAUACUCGUCGCAGCCAGGCGUGUAUCUGCUGCAGCAACCUACGGACUUCGCCUGUGUGCUGCUCAUCCAGGACGCCUGCUACCUCUUCAUGCAAGGUAAGGCCUCCUCCCUUCCGUUCCCCACGUACCACCGCCUCUUCAUGCAAGGUGCCGUACUGGGUACCACACUCCCUAUGUGCCACCUCAACAUGCGAGGCAAGUCAAAGCACCACCAGCCACACACGGGGAUCUGGUUCGCCAGGGAUCGAACCCGCGACCUCUCACAGAUAUCCAUUGUCAACAACGUGUGCCACCUGUACAGUGACAGGCUGGCAGACGCGCUGUACGAGUCCUGGCUGGAGCUGAGUUGGCAUGAGCUGGCAGCGGCCCUCGAGAGAGAGGCGGUUCAUGGGAAAGGGGUGGGGGACAACGGACUAGGGUACUCACUAGACGCUCUCGACGCUCCAGAAUCUCGAGAAUCUCUAGAAGCUCUAGACGCUUCUGAUGGGCCGGUGGUGGAGCCGGUGAGGUUGAGAGACCCCAGUGACGAUUGGCCGCCGCCAGGGACAGGCGCGAGGGCGCAGGAGGCGAAGGCACAGGAAGCGAAGGCUGGUGAGAGGGCCGGGAGGGGUGUGAGAGGAGGUGGUGGUGGUGGACGGGAGAGGGUUGAGGUGGGUCAGACGGGAGGGAAGGUGAGUGGGAAGGGUGGGACGAGUGUGAGAGGAGGUGGUGGAGGAAGGGAGAGUGGGAGGACAGUGAAGGUGAAGGUGCCACGGCACACGGCCAUGGACAACCUAGCAGACGGGUUCGCCCAGGAGCCAGACGAGCAACCCCCCGUUGACCUCUCCGACCUGAAGCGCCGCUCCCUGCACACUUACGGGCGGCUGACUAACCACCUGGGCAUGACCCGGUACGUGGGGGUGAGUGAGAGGAGGAGUAGGGAGCGGCUGGUGAGGGGGAUGAGGGGGAGGGGGGUGAGGGUUGGUGUGGUGGCGCGGUAUGGGUCGGCUGUGGGCGAGUUUGGGCGCGCGCUGGUGCCUCUGAUGGAGGUGGCGGGGCACCUGGAGGGGUCGUUGCAGGCACAGACAGACACAGCACAGUUGGGUCAGCAGCAGCGUGGAGAGGAACGGCAGGUGGAGCAGGCGGGGCGGGGAGAGCAGGGAGGGGAGCAGCAGAGGCGGGGUGAUGAGGGAGUGGUGGUGUUCUUCCCCGGAGAUGACUCCAUUCGCUCCCCAUGGACCGUGCAUGCCGCCCGCCUGCUGUUUGGUGACGCCACCCGGGUGGAGGCAGGCAGAGUUGCCGGCCAGAGGGUGUGCUUCCAGAACCUUCUGCUCCCCAUCAGCAAGUUGCACCGUCCUCACAGUGCCGACCUCACUCGCCGCCGCGCCUCUCAAACCGCACAAGCCACACACGCCACUCAGAACUUCCAAGCCACUCACACUGCAGCAGCCACUCUCCACGCCCCUCAACCCACCCACUCACUCACUGACCCCCUCCCAAGCUUCUCAAGCGCCCCAAUCCUUCCAAAGACCCCCCAGCAAGCUCUUCAACCCUCCUCCCUGGCACCUCCUCUUGCUCUCAAGUCACUUGACGUAUCGAUACAAGCUGUCUCGCCACAAGCCAUGGCAUCUGCAUCUGUUGACCGCACAGGGAGGGUGGUCCCCUCAAGGCGGCAGGAGGGUGCAAGUGCAGUGACGGAUGGAGGGGCGCGCGUGGGUUUGCAGGGCAACUAUGGAAAUGGGUCGCAAUCACAAGUGCGACCGGAGGUUUAUGAGAGGAGAAUACUGCCAAAGCUUGCCAUCCACGCAUCUCCAGAGGAGAGGCUGGCUGUGGGUGUUGCUGCGCUGCCAUUGGGUGAUAAACGUCGGGCAGCUGCUCUGGCGAAUCCCCUGGCUGCUGCUGCUGCCGCUGCUGCAGCUGCAGCGGGUGCGGCAGGAGGAGUGGCAGCAGGAGGAGUAGGAGGAGUAGAGGAAGCAAGGAGGCGCACAGACAUGGGUUCAAGGCCGCGUGAGGGAGUGGGGCAGAAGCAGCACGGUGCUGGGGUGAAAGGAAAGAGCGGUGAGGAAGGGGAGCUUAACGAGCACGAGAAAACGAAGAGGGAGAAGGAGAGAAAGAGAUUGGAAGGAGAGGAGGCGCAAGGAGAGGAUGACGAUCCAGUGGCAGAUGCUGAAGCAAUUGCGAGGCAGGAGAUAGAUGACUACUUGGACCAGUACCAGGAGGAGCAACACCGCACCGACCGUGAUAGUGACCAUGACAGUGACAGUGACCGCCUCCCCCUCCCCACUGAUACCAACUUUUCCCCCACUCCCAAUCUCAACCUAUCCGGCCUUGCUACUGCUGAGCCCGGUGCUACUGGGAUUGAGGCCUCUCCUCCCUCCUCCACAGGAGGUUUGCAGCCGGUGAUUCCCACUCAAACGUUUCUAUACCUGCUGCCUGACCGGGAUGCCUUGGGCAGAUUAACGGGCAGCACGGGAAAGGAUUCCUGGCAGGUGACUCUAGUGGAGCGUGACAAUGUGGAGGGGCUGAAGAACCAGCAGGAAGUGGUAGCGCUGAUUCAAGAGGUUUUCCCGGAGCUGCCGGUGGUGAUAGUGCGGCUUGGCAACGUGUCACUGUAUGAUCAAGUGACAAUAAUGAAGCGCACGCUCAUCCUUGUAGCAGUCCACGACCUUAUCCUCUCCACCUCACUCUUCUUCCUGCCACGUGGCGCUGUCCUAUUGGAGCUCUUCCCCUACAAGCUUUUCAGCACGCAGCACAAGAAGCUUGCACUCCGCUCUGGUAUACACUACAUGGCUUGGCAAAACCAGGGCUUCUUACGCUGCUACCCGGUCAUACCUGGUGCCACUCGGUGCCGCACGGUGCCACAAACGCGCAUACAGCGCCGGUCGCAAAGGAGUGCUGCCAUGCGCGCUCGCAUGCGGGAAAUUAAUCGCGCGCUCGCCUUCCGGGGCGUCGCAAUCGCGGCGUUCCUGCUGUCCGCCACGUGCGCAUCGGCGACUGCUCAUGACCACCCGUUUCUUCCGCCCUUCCGUUCCGCGCUUGCGCUAAAGGCGCUCGAGGUGGAACCCUCUCCGUCGCCCGAGUCGCUCCGCGAAUCGCGGCGCGCGCUAAACGCGGUGGAGGUGGAGUCGAUAGCGGGCCCCGGCUGCGUGAACGCGUUUCCCGCGAAGCCGCUCUGCAAGUUCGUCGACAGCCUCACGUCGCGCGUGAUCCCCGUGUUGGACGGCGGCUCCGGCAAGACGCUGACCAUCGGCGUCUACCAGACAUACCAGAAAUUUCACCGCGACCUUCCCGCGACGAAGAUCUACGCGUACGGCGUGAGCGAGAAGACCGCGUCGUACCCUGGGCCGACGAUCGUGGCGAAAAAGGGGGUUACCACGCAGGUAACCUGGUGCAACCGGCUGCAGGACCGGCAGCACAUGUUCACGCAGGACUACACGCUCAUGAAAGAAAUGCCCAAGCCGAAAAAGGGAGGCAUUCCAACCGUGCCCCACCACCACGGUGGCGAGACGAUGAGCAAGUACGACGGGCACCCACUCGCGUGGUUCACGCAGUUCGGCGAGCACGGCCCCACCUUUUCCUCCUCCUCCUCACACUCCCCCAACUCCUCUUACUCCUCCUCGUCCUCGUCCUCCUCCCCCUGCGUCACCUACGAGUAUCGCAACCAGCAACCGGCCUCCCUCACCUGGUAUCACGACCACACGCUCGCUUGGACGCGCCUCAACACUGUAGCGGGGAUGGCGGGCUUCUAUAUCAAAACCGACGCUAACGGGGAUGAGCGCGACAUGAAGGCAUGGCUUCCUCCGUGGAAGCGCACCGUGCCUCUGGCGAUCGCGGACCGCCUGUUCUUUAAGAACGGAUCGAUUAACUUCCCCAACGUGGGCGUGGAUCCUAAAGUGCAUCCGAAUUGGAUUCCCGAGUACAUCGGCGACACCAUCGUGGUCAACGGCUUGGUGUGGCCGUACCUGCGCGUGCGCCCCGCGGUGUACCGCUUCCUCCUCCUCGGCGCGGCCAACGCGCGCUUCUUCAACCUCCGCUUCCAGUGCGCCGCGCGCGGAGACUACCCCAACUUCGUCCCCCCGCUUCGCGGAAGCGUCGUCAAUUUCGCGCUCAUUGGCAGCGACGGGGGGUACCUGCAGCGGCCCGUGUUCCUCUCCUCUCUGCUGCUGGCUCCCGGGGAGCGAUACGAUAUUCUGGUCGACUUUGCCGCGGCGCAGCAGGGCGGCGCGUGCAGGGAUGUGAUUUUAACGAAUGAUGCUGCAGCGCCGUAUCCCGGGGGAGAGGCGGUGGAUGGCAACACGGGCGUGGUGAUGCGGUUUGUGAUCCUCGACCGCAGUCCCUUCAAGGCCCCAGCAAUUCCCAAGAGAAUUGUUCCUGUCCCCUCUAUAGACUUCUCCAAGAUCCACAGAGUGCGCUGGAAGAAGCUAGUGGAGACUACCAACCCUAUAAGCGGCAUGCCAGAACGAGCCACUAUAGACGGGCUUCGUUAUAUGGACCCAGUAACGGAGAUCCCUGUACAAGGCAGUAACGAGAUCUGGCACAUCAUCAACCUCUCGGCCGACGCGCACCCUAUUCACUUGCACUUGGUGCAAUUCCGGGUCGUUUCACGCCGCGCUUUCGACGCCACGGCGUACCAGGCGAACAAGUGCUCCUUCACGAGCAAGAACCGUCCGUCGUGCUUUGUGGGACCGGAGAUGAAGGCGCAGAAACACGAGAUUGGGUGGAAAGACACGGUGCCUGCGCUGCCGGGUCAAGUGCUCACGUUCUGGGUCGGCUGGUACGGUCAGGACGGCAAGCCAUUUGAGUUUGACCCUACAUCUGGCCCGGGCUACGUGUGGCAUUGCCACAUACUGGACCAUGAGGAUAACGACAUGAUGCGCCCUUUGAAGAUACACAAGAAAAGUUCCGGGAACUUGUAUUGA